AUGGCUUCGCUAUACAAUCCGCUGGAAGCAAACAAGAUACGCCUCUUAGCCUUCAUCGAUGACACCGGGACGAACUGCACGCUGGAAAAGGUAUAUCUGAAUGAUGCGCCGCCUUACGCUUGCCUCUCCUACGCUUGGCAAGAUGGCCAGACACUGAGCACCCCAGUUGCACAAUCCACCAUAAUGAUUAAUGGUCAGCUGAAAUCGACCCGGCCAAACCUUCAAGACGCACUUGCUCACCUGGGACCAAUCGCCCGUUCCAACGGCCACAGAUUUUGGGUCGAUGCUCUUUGCAUCAACCAGGAUGAUCUUGUCGAGCGAGCGGAGCAGGUAAAAAUCAUGAAGCACAUCUAUGAGCACGCUGAAACGGUCAUGGCAUGGAUAGGCCCAGCGAACGCUGACACCGAGCUUGCUCUAGGAGUAAUGCAGGCAGUCUCCAACUUCACGCAUGAGCUCUUUAACAGAAAUACGCAGCGUACAGCACUCCAUCUAUGGCAGGCAGCCAUUUCUCGGCAACCAUUCUUUCAAAAUCGACCGAAGAGCGAUGUUCUUGUUGGGUGGGCCGAGAUGGUGCAGAUGUUCAAAGCCCUUUACUGGGGGAGGACAUGGGUACAACAGGAAAUCACGGGCAACAACGCCGUCUUUUACUGUGGGCCAUGGUCAUUCACCUGGAAAGAGCUGCAUGCCUUCAACGAGUUUCAUGGUACUUACGGUGGACUGCGCGACAUGCCCGACAAGUACAUGCUGAUGAUUUCUGGUGGCGUCAACGUCGGCUCACCGUUCUUCGACCUGCAUGUCGCCGAGAAAAACCGAACUACGUCAUCAACAUCUCUUGCCAAGAAACAGAAAUUGAUGGCUCUAAUUCGAGAGUUGAGAUUGACACAUUGCUCAGAUGCGAGGGACAAGGUAUUCGCUGCACUCCCACACGCUACAGACGUUGACCAGGUUCACGCAAAAGACUUGCUUGCUGUGGAUUACUCCAAAUCCGUACGUGAUACGUUCCUCAACGUGGCACGUUACUACCUGGAGCACGGAGAUCUUGAGAUACUGGGCUACGUUGGAGCAAAUUGCCACGACCACGACUGUCGACCUCCUCGCGGGGCAGAAGAGAGUCCACUACCAUCGUGGGUGCCCGAUUGGCGAAUCCCAUACCGCAUCCGUCCCCUCAACACAGGCGGCCGAAGCGAUCGAGACUAUCCCAUGCUUUACAACCCUCUCCCUCACUCCACCGCCCAACUUCAAGUCACCUCCUCAACCCUCCAAAUCUACGCUCUUAUCUUCGACACGCUCCGUACAAUCACACUAACAGCCGGCCGCGAGUACGUCCCGUCCCAACUUAAAAUCAAAUGGGGCAAGCACAUGAAAGCUUGGUCUCCCAACCUCACAAGUCGUGAUGUCAAAAGGAUCCUGAACGCGGACGCACAGUGGAGUGCUGAUGAAGUUGGCAACGCAAGGGGCGAGGUGAUUGACUGGGAAUUCUUGGAUGAGCCGAUCGAGAAGAUGAGGCCGGAACAUCGUUAUUGGAGGCAUAAUAUGCGACAUGUCCUGCGGAGUGUGUGUCGUGAUCGGCGUGCCGGAAGGACGAAAGGCAACAGGAUCGGCAUCUUCCCUGAGGCAGCAGUGCCUGGUGAUGUGAUCGCUGCGUUUUAUGGGGGCCAUGCGCUUUAUGUCAUCCGGCCUGAGCAGGACAGACAGGGGAUCUUCUGGAUGUCGCUGCAAAAGAAGGACUGA